ACAGUCUGUUUGUCCAUGACUGGCAAACUGGACUUUGCAUCGUUUGCAGCUGCAUUAACAUACCUUGGAAACGCUUAGGGAGCUAACAUUGCCCAUUAAUGGAAGUUAGGCUAGCGAGCAAGCAUUGUAGCCAGGUAGCCUAGGACAACAAAAAAUUAAAGCGUGUGCUGUCUGACAGGGUGAUAGACCAUUUUGUCAACAUGAAAGAGAGGAUAGCAUUGGUGUUUCUCUACAAGUAGGAUUUGUAUUCCUCACGAGAAUUUGCAGUAUUUGACGUCCCACUCAUCCAACACUCUAAACAGUGACUGUUUCUCCGUGGGUCUUACCUAGGCAGCGUAAUAAAGGUCCAUAAACAGCAGCAGAAUAGGCCUACCGUCCUGAACCUGUUAUCGUUUCAAGAUCAGAGCAGAGGACAUCAAAUCCUGUUUCCCUACAGCAGCAUCAGUGUGACAAUACAAGUAUGAGUCAGGCAAGGACAAUGAGUUUGGAAGAGCAAAUCAGGAGCUUCUCACCAGAUGCAGCAUCUGCCCUUGCAAGAGCUGGAAUUAAAGAGGACAUUGAUAUUCAAGAGUUAACAAGAGAUGAUCUGAACGAACUUCUGCCAGGCCUCAAGCAUUUCAAACUUAGAAAGAGGAUCAGUGAACUUCUAACCAAAUCUAAACAGGACACAGCUAAACCUAUCGAUUUAAUUCUUAACGAGGUUAGGGACUUCAUUUCAGCUGGUGUCAUGAAGAAUGCACUUGUUCCUGGGGGAGUGUUACAUGGCUACGUCCCUAUUCUUAGAGAUUUGGAGAAGCAGCUUGACAAAGCCCUGCACUUUAUUCAGGCACAUGUUGUACUACUUGAGAGCUACAAUAAAGAAGAGCCCAUGGAGGCUGAGGGCAAUGCUGUGUCCCCAUCAGUUGACUCUGCUACAGCAGGAAACCAGCUCAUCCUUCAUGAAUCACAAUACAUAGAUAAUGUACAUAAAAAAUCUGUUAAAGGCGCUUCAGAACGACCAGCCUUAGGCGCUGUAGAGACCCACCCCAAACGACCAAGAACAGAUGUGGAUGACAAAGGUCGAGGCCCAAGAAGAAAAGGAAGGAAAAGAACCUGGAAGUUGGUGGAAGUUCUCCAAUCCUUUAAUUGCAUCUGUAUUAGGAAGAAAUGAAACAAAACAUUUGCCGGCUGAUGUGAAUGAGCUUUCUAGCCUGAAAUGACUGCAAUGGAAAAUGACUGCAAUGGAAAUCCACCACUUUUCUUUUGUAUGCAACAUCUUGGGGAUAUACUGUAUGUAGUGUUGUAAUUUAAUUAUGUUUCGUUUCAAGUAGUUCAAGUCCAUUCGCAAGUGUGUGGAAAAACCCUAAACACUCAUCUUGCACUCAUGAAACAAGUGGAUAAUCUGGGACUUAAGCGAGAGGAGACCAGUGCAGAGGACUGCCAAGUCAUGAUGGUCUUCUGUCCUGUUACAUCUCGUGUGGGAACUGACAUUGAGGCUGCCAUGAGCCAAGUUCCAGGUAGGAAAGCCUUUUGAGAUUACACCAAGAAAGUUAAAGUAUUCCAGACCGAAUACAAUUGUCAAUACUACUUCUAUCAUGGGAUUUAAUUUUACUCAACAGGAUGUAUUGGUCCAUGUUGUAGAAUGACCUUUUGUCUCUAAUGAUUUUUUGGUGGAAGUACUUUUCUAAAGAUUGCAUCGUUUUGUCUCUCAACAGGUAACAGAGAUGCCAUUCUAGUGGUGAUGCACCAUACUUAUGAUAAAAACUUUGUCACAAGCCGGAGAUCUGCAUCUCACUACAAUAACAUAGUGGAGGAAGUGAAUGUUCUCUUCCUUGACUCUGUGGGACUUCUGCAUUGUAAAACAAAUGAUGAAGCAGUGACUCUCAUACAUAAGGCCUUACAGAAAUACAACAGCAGUACUUACAGACAUUAAGUGCCCCAUUGUGGCAACACAAAGAGUCUGAAGUCUG